AACUUUUAUGCCAAUGACAACCGCUCUCUUGUUUCUGUCACUUCUUUCUUUCUCCCCAGUACAUAUAUUUUGCCCACUUCUUCGUCCACUUGAUUGUUUGUGACAAUGGACUUUGACGAGACGAGACUGUACUACUCUCACCAGCAGCUACAACAGCCAGCAGCGGAGGGGAAUGAUAAUAAUGAAGACGCCAAUGAUGCUGCCUUGCGUGUGGCAGUGAAUGGGGGGGGGGAUGAAGACACGGCCGUGGACCUUGCCGCCGCCAGACGCCAUUUUCGCGAGUUUUUGAGGAACUAUCAAGUGGGUGCUCGCUUUUGGUACCGCGAAAAGCUGCUCCGCAUGCACCGUCGAUUGGGAAAUCACAUCAACAAGGGUGCCGUGAACAAUAAUGCCAAGCUUCAGGUGGAUCUCUCCCAUUUGGAGGAAUACGAUCCUGCCUUGUUGGGCUUUUUAAUGAACCAGCCAGCCGUCAUGCUACCUCCUUUGGAACAGGCUGCUUCCGAUGCUCUUCAGUCGCUUCUCUACGACAUGAACAAGGCUAGUGAUGGUACCAACAACAACCACAGUCAAGACGAUGAGGAGGAUGAAAUCAUGGGCACUCAGGCCACUGAGAAUAAUAACGACAAUACAAACAACAACAACAAUAAUACCCCCGAGUUGACGGAUGAGGUCCUUUUUCGCAUCCAAAUUCUACUUCAGGGGAAACUAAAGCUAACGCCACUGCGACAAAUCAAGAGUGAACACAUGCACCGUCUCUUGAAAUGUCCCGGAAUCAUCAUUUCCACGUCCCCCGUCAAAUCCAGAGCCGUCCAGUUGGCCGUUCGCUGUGCUACCUGUGGCCACGAACGUGCGCUCAGCGCCCUUAACGAAGGCCCCUGGGCUUCCAUUUCCAUGCCGGUCCGAUGCCCCAACAACAAUGCCGCGGCGGCGGCCGAUAAUCCCAAUGAAGGGGCCGCCGGAAAUGCUCCUCAAUGCGGUAUCUUUCCCUAUGCGGUAGUACCGGAUGACUCGCAAUUUGUGGAUCAACAAACCCUCAAACUCCAAGAAACACCCGAAAAGGUUCCUACGGGAGAAAUGCCCCGCAGUGUCUUGUUGGCGGUCGAUCGAGCCUUGGUGGAUACGGCACCUCCUGGAACCCGUGUCGCGGUCCUGUGCAUUCCCACUUUGUUGCACGGAGCAUCCGAUGGUUCCGGCAAGGAAGCCCCCAAAACGGUCUAUCUGCGCGUGGUGGGAAUGGCCAAGGACGACAGUGCGCACGGCAAUGCCGGCAGUGUCACGGUCACACCGGCCGAAGAAGAAGCCUUUGUCGCAUUGUCGCGCAAUCCCAAUGUCUAUGACAUUCUCAGUCGCAGCAUGGCUCCCAGUCUGCGUGGCAGUUACACGGUGGAUAUCAAAAAGGCUCUUAUUUGUCAACUCUUUUCGGGGAGUCGCAAACGACUUCAGGAUGGUGUCCAACUUCGUGGAGACAUUAACGUGUUGCUGUUGGGAGAUCCCUCCACGGCCAAAUCGCAAUUCCUCAAGUUUGCAUCCCAAGUGGCACCCGUGGGAAUCUACACGUCCGGAAAAGGAUCCAGUGCGGCUGGUUUGACCGCUUCGGUCGUGCGCAAUGCCAAGGGAGAGUUCUAUCUGGAAGGAGGUGCCAUGGUGUUGGCCGAUGGUGGCAUUGUGUGUAUCGAUGAGUUUGACAAAAUGAGACCCGCCGACCGCGUUGCUAUUCACGAAGCCAUGGAACAGCAGACCAUUAGUAUCGCCAAGGCGGGUAUUACCACGGUUCUCAACAGUCGCAGCAGUGUCUUGGCCGCGGCAAAUCCUGUCUUUGGGCGCUACGAUGAUUUCAAGAGCGCCUCGGAGAACAUUGAUCUCAUGACGACUAUUUUGAGUCGUUUUGACUUGAUCUUUUUAGUGCGCGAUAUCCGAGAAGAAGAGCGUGAUCGUAUGAUUUGUCAGCAUGUCAUGGGAGUUCAUAUCAACAGUACCGGCUCUAGUGGCGGCGGAUUCCUUGGUACGAGUUCGUCGGCGGCCAAUACGAAUCCCUUUGCGGCGGCUAUCGGCAUGGCAGGGGAUGACACUUCGAACCGAGCCGGCUCCUCGUCCACAACCGAAGAUUCCUCGGACGCCAUUGCCGACAAUGUGAUGCAGGUGGCCACGACGGGCGAAGGAGAACUUUCGGUCCAAGCCAUGAAAAAGUACAUUCAAUACUGCAAAUCUCGUUGCGCUCCCCGUCUGACGGAAGAAGCGGGGGAAGUCUUGGCCAGCAACUAUGUCAAGAUUCGCGACAAUGUGCGCAAACAAGGCAUUGCCAACAGUAGCAAUGGUCACGACUUUACGCAAUCUACCAUUCCCAUUACAGUCCGUCAAUUGGAAGCUUUGGUGCGCGUUUCGGAAUCGUUGGCCAAGAUGCGGUUGGAUCCGGAUGUGCGAGCAGAAGAUGUGGCGGAAGCGCUGCGAUUGUUUCAAGUGUCGACCAUGACGGCGAAUGCGGUGGACGAGAACAAUAGUACGAGUUCCUUGAUGGGUGCUAGUCAGCAAGAAAUGAAUCGUACGGAAGAGUACUUGCGUGCUCGCAUGCAUUUGGGCAGUGUGGUGAAUCGUCGUCGACUCAUGGAAGAAGCCGCCGGGCAGGGUCACAAUGCGAUUGUGUUGGCCCGAUGUUUUCAAGUGAUGAUUCAAAAAGGGGAAGUCACUGAACGAAAUCAAGGGCGUCUGCUCAAACGAGUCAAGUAGAUACAGAAUCUAUCUCGCCAUGGUAAUAGGACUGCUUAAGUUAUGCUAGAUGUAUG